GAGUCUGCGCAGUAGAGGCGGAUUAGAGCAGGAAUGACCUGUCGUUUCAGGCAGAGUAAGAGAAAUGCUGAAUUUUCCUGUCACUUUUAAGUUUUCUUACAGCACUUCCUUAUAGAAAACCAUGGCUGAUUCUGUGGCAUCAGAAGACCAGAAAUUCUGCUUACGGGAGGUGCUCGACACUUUCAAGCUGUGUCUGUCGGAAAAUAAAGAAGUCUACCUUCAACACUACGUGGCUGGUUGGCGUGGGCUUGUAAAGUUUCUGAACAGCUUAGGAAGUGUCUUUGGCUUCAUCUCUAAGGAUGCUGUCAACAAGAUCCAGAUCCUGGUCAAUCACCUAAACGGCGAGAACGGGUCUCAGUAUGUCACCAUCCAGUUGAUGGUAAAAUACGAGCUGGAGAAUGAGCUUGUGGACCUGACCAAGAGAGGCAGCCAUCCAGAGUCGGGCUGCCGCACUCUGCUGAGGCUCCACCGUGCGUUGAGGUGGCUGGAGCUUUUCCUGGAGCGCCUCCGCACCAGCACUGAGGACAGCAAGACAUCUGUCAUGUGUUCGGAGGCCUACAACGAGUCCCUCGCCCCACACCACCCGUGGGUGGUCCGUAAGGCUGCGGGCAUGGCAUUCUGUGUGCUCCCCGGGCGUCCUGCUUUUUUUGAAGUUAUGAAUGUUGGCCCCCCGGAGCAGGUUGUGGCCAUGCUGGGAGAGGCCCUACCUCUAAUCUCAGAGGUGUACCAGAUCACAGAGGAACUUUACACUCAACACAACCUGCUUGAUUUACCAUAGGGAGGAAGAAGGGCUGUUAUUGGCCUUUUCAUACAUUACAUCUACAUGUCCCUGCUGACGGGCUGUUGAGCUAGCUGCUACUCCUGUUUGGUGAUAAGGGUUGUGUAUUAUCUGUACAGUGUUGGGCACAAGUAAUUAAUCAUAAUUCCACUGACACUACUCUCUACCUACUGCAUUUUAAUAUAAAACUACUGUUAAUUACACUGUUGCAUGUUUGUCUUCAGUCAGCUCUGAAUUAUCUUUUUAAUUCAGUUUUGCUUGUAGAUUUAUUUGCUUGUCGUUGAAAUAGAUUAAGGCAAUAUACAGUGGGACCAAGAAGUCUCUGCUCACUGCUAACACCUAUUUGUUUUCAUUAUUUAAAACGAGAAAAGACCAUGUUCUUACAGAGACACCAGGUUUCUGCUUUUCAGAUUCUCAAAUGUAAUAAAUGUACACUGUACAUUACAUUGUAGUGAAUUGGGUUAAUUUGGAGCUUGAGCUUUUGACCAAUUUGAUUAACAAUAAUGAAAUAAUUGUUAGUUGUAGUUGUUAAGAUCUGUUACCAAUCAGAGUUUUGAAUGAAUCAGGGAGUUGCUUGUAUGAAAUAUGUAAUAAUAGGGCCCGUUUCCUGGAGGUUUCCUGGAGUACUUAUACCAUAUUUCAUUCAAAUAUUAACACAUUUAUGCUCCUGUUACAGAGUGGAAAUUGCUCUAAUCUAAUACUAGAUGAUAUUGGAUGAUAAUAUCAGAUACUGGAUAAUUUACUAUGGUCUUGUAUUUAUUAUACAGGGGAAAGGCCACCAGCAAACUGCAACUUUAAUAGUUAGAUUACAAUAGCAGUUUUCAAACCACAAAAAAUGUGCCAAUAACAAACUUGUUCAAACAAAAACUCACUCUAACAUCAUGAAACACUUGCUUUAGAAAUGUUUCUGGUAAAUUAAGAAACAGAGACUGUUAUCGGUGGACUCAGAGUUGUUAAUCUCACUGUUUAUUAUCUCAGUGCAAUUCUUCAUUUAAGAUAUAAAGGAUAUAAUAUGCUGUUUAUUGCUUAUGUACAGGGUUUAACUGAUUAUUCUUUCAAAGUGAAUGUUUUAUUGUUUUAUAAAAACUGUACUGUACUGUAUAUUAUAUAUAAUUCAAACAGAAUUCAUCAACAGUGUAGCUUAAUAAAAACAUUUUCCACUUG